CUAUAAAAGGUGCCUGCCCUUGUAUGUUUUGUCACUUGAAGACAUUGUUGAGCUACAACAAUGCUACGCAAGAGUAUUACAGAGAGCUUUGGAGCUGCUAUCCAUGCCCUCAACACCACUCAGCUGACAGAUGGUGUGAUUAACAAGAGCAAAAGGAUGAUGCUGGACACCCUGGGUGUUGGGCUGUUGGGAACCAGGACAGCUGUCUUCAACAAAGCUCUCAAGUACAGCCAGUUGUUCAUGUCUUACGAGAGGAGCAGUGUUUGGGGUAAAUCAGAGAUAACUCUUCCUCCUCUUUACGCUGCAUUUGUCAAUGGCAUUGCGGUUCACUCCAUGGACUUUGACGACACUUGGCACCCUGCUACUCAUCCUUCAGGAGCUGUGCUACCAGCCCUGCUGGCCUUGGCAGAGACGCUGCCCAGCCAGCCCUCUGGUCUAGACCUGCUGCUGGCCUUCAAUGUUGGCAUUGAAGUGCAGGGCAGACUCAUGAGGUUCUCCAAAGAGGCCUACAACAUCCCUGAAAGAUUCCACCCUCCCAGUGUUGUUGGGGUGAUGGGUAGUGCUGCGGCCUCAGCUAAGCUCCUGGGUCUGUCCCCGGCACAGUGUUGCCAUGCUCUGGCUAUCGCAGCCUCCUCUGCUGGGGCUCCCUUGGCCAACGCCGCCACACAAACCAAACCUCUCCAUAUAGGAAAUGCUGCUCGGAGAGGCCUGGAGGCCGCUCAGCUGGCCCAGAUGGGUCUGGAGGGAAAUCCAGCCAUCCUGGAUAUGGAUUGCGGGUUUGGGGUUUACUACAAGGACUACAGUCCUUCAGCAAUGGAAGGUUCUGCUUCCAGCGACUUUAAAUGGAUUCUGGAAGAUCAGGAUGUGGCCUUCAAGUGCAUCCCUGCUCAUCUGGGGAUGCACUGGGCUGUGGAUGCAGCGCUGGCAGCCCGAGCAAAGCUUGAAAAUACAGUUGGGAACUUUGACCUCAGCCUCAUCAGGCAUGUCACACUUCGAGUGCCUCCAUCCAAGUACAUUGACUGCCCCUUACCUGCCACAGAGCACCAAGCCAGGCACUCAUUUCAGUUCAACGCCGGUUCCGCCCUGCUGGAUAACAAAGUGACAGUGUCUUCCUUUAGUGAAGCUCAGUUUAACCGGCCUGCUCUGAAGGAGCUUAUGUCCAAAGUCAACGUGGAGACCCCUAAAGAUAACCAACCAAGCUUUGACAAGAUGUAUUGUGAGGUUGAGAUAGAAACCGAUCAGGGGCAGAGAUAUGUGGCCAGAUGUGAUACCUUUCAUGGCCACUGGAGGAAGCCACUGAGUCAGGAGGACCUGGUGGGGAAGUUCAGUGUUAAUGCUUCUUCAGUGUUGUGCACAGAGGGAGUGGAGGGCGUGAUUGAUGUGAUAGGAAACAUUGAGAGAGUGAGAGAAUGCUCAGUCUUGGGUUCAUAUCUGAGAAUGACAAGUAGUCAGCACAAGCAGUUAUGCAGCACGAGGAGUUGAUUAUACGGUCUUUGAUGAAGCCAGUGUGUUAUAUCUGUCAUCUUUUCUUAGAUAAAGGGUCUGAAAUAAAGUGAACUGACAAAGUGAA